CCUCUCUCCAUAUCUCUUUCUCCUUUUCUUCUCUGAUAUAUAUAUUACUUGAGAAGCUUCAGCCCAAACUCUUUAAUGGUCGUCUCAUUCUCUCCUACUCUUUAAAACACACUCUAUUCCAAACUACAACCAUCUAAUUAGCAGCAGCUACCUCCUGCCUGGGUAGAGUUGAGUGAGUGUUUUGACGUUUGCGCUUAUAAACUAGUAGAAAAAUGGCACCCAAGAAUGGUCGUGGGAAGACGAAAGCUGGUGACAAGAAGAAGAAGGAAGAGAAGGUUCUCCCUGUGGUGAUGGAUAUAAAAGUAAACCUCACCGACGACACUCAUCUUCUUUUGAAGGGAAUAUCUACGGAUAGAAUUAUAGACGUUCGUCGAUUAUUAGCGGUUAAUAUAGUAACAUGCAACAUUACCAAUUACUCCCUAUCACAUGAGAUUAGGGGCCCCCUAUUAAAGGAUACGGUGGACGUCUCCGCCCUCAAGCCCUGCACUCUCACCCUUGUCGAAGAGGACUACGAUGAAGAGACCGCCACAGCCCAUGUCAGACGCCUGCUAGAUAUCGUUGCCUGCACCACUUCAUUUGGGCCCUCUCCCAUCAAAGAUUCCUCUUCCUCACCUGCUUCCGCCACCUCUAAGGGAGGCGAUCCCAGCAAGGAUGCGCAGGAUAACAAGCCCUCCAAGAAGUCCACCAAGCCUUCCCGUGCAAAGACUAAGAAAGAGAAUUCCUCGCCACCCCCUGAUUCUGAGGCUAAGGACGGAUCUUCUGCGGCGCUUGACGGAGAAGGCGAGAUGAAUAACACUUCCCCCAAGUUGGGGAGCUUCUACGACUUCUUUUCCCUCUCUCAUCUCACGCCUCCUCUUCAAUUUAUAAGGAGCGCAAUGAAGAAAACCGAGGAUGGAGUUUUUGGGCCUGAUCAUCUUUUCACUCUCGAAGUUAAAUUGUGCAACGGUAAACUGGUUAUUAUAGAAGCUUCAAGAAAAGGUUUUUACAGCACUGGAAAGCAGCGGAUUCUUUGUCACAAUCUGGUUGACCUGUUGAGACAACUCAGUAGAGCCUUUGACAAUGCUUAUGACGAACUCAUGAAAGCAUUCUCAGAGAGGAAUAAGUUUGGGAAUCUCCCUUUUGGCUUCAGAGCCAACACCUGGCUCAUCCCACCUGUAGCUGCACAGUCACCAUCCACAUUUCCUCCUCUGCCCACAGAAGAUGAAAAAUGGGGAGGAAAUGGAGGUGGUCUAGGCAGAGAUGGCAAAAGUGAUCUGUUACCGUAUGCAAAUGAACUUUUGCUUCUUGCGUCUAUGCCCUGCAAAACAGCUGAAGAGAGGCAAAUUCGUGAUAGAAAAGCUUUUCUUCUUCACAGUUUGUUUGUAGAUGUUGCCAUUUUCAGAGCCAUUGCAGCUGUUCAUCAUGUAAUGGGAACCCCAGAGUUAGCUCAUUCCGCUUUGAACAGUCAAAUUAUCUAUUCAGAGAAAGUUGGGGACUUGAGCAUAGCUGUUAUAAAAGACGCUUCUAAUGCCAGUUGCAAAGUUGAUACUAAGAUUGAUGGACCGCAAGCCAUAGGAAUAGAUAGCAAAAGAUUGGGUGAACGGAACCUGCUUAAGGGGAUCACGGCUGAUGAGAAUACUGCAGCUCAUGAUAUUGCCACCCUAGGGGUCGUUAACAUAAGAUAUAGUGGUUAUAUUGCAACCGUGAAAGUUCUAGGGCUUGAUGGUAACAUUGUGAAUCCUCCAGUGCAAAGCCAAGAGCUCGUUGAUCAGUCAGAUGGUGGUGCUAAUGCCCUCAAUAUUAACAGUUUGAGGCUACUUCUUCACCGAAAUGCAACUCUUCAACAGAAUAAGCUAACAUUGCAUUCUCGAACAUUAGAGGGAGAGGAAGUUGAUUCUUCCCAAGCUUUUGUUGAGAGCUUGUUAGAAGACAGUCUCACAAAGCUUCAGGAAGAAGAAAUUGAAAAAGAUGCUUUUGUGAGAUGGGAGCUUGGAGCCUGCUGGUUGCAACAUUUACAAGAUCAGAAAAAAACAGAAAAAGAGAAGAAACCAUCUAAUGAGAGGGCCAAAAAUGAACUGAAAGUUGAGGGACUAGGAACACCUCUUAAAUCCCUUAAAAAUAGAAAGAAGAACUCAGACGGAGCAGAACUACAACCUGAAAACUUUAAGUCUGCUGCAGAAGAAGUGAAGGAUGACGCUGAAAAAACGAUGGCAAAUGUGAAUAAAUCUCACCUUGAAACUGGUGCAAAUGAAACUGAGCUCAUUCUCAAAACCUUGUUGUCUGAUGCUGCUUUUACUCGACUAAGAGAGUCAGAGACUGGACUUCAUGCAAAGUCUAUGCACGAACUAAUUGAGUUAUCCCAAAAGUAUUACGAUGAAGUUGCCCUGCCAAAACUGGUUGCAGAUUUUGGUUCUUUGGAACUCUCACCAGUGGAUGGCCGGACGUUAACAGAUUUCAUGCAUACUAGAGGUCUUCGGAUGCGUUCCCUUGGACAAGUUGUUAAGCUUUCAGAGAAGUUAUCACAUGUGCAAUCUCUUUGCAUCCAUGAGAUGAUAGUACGAGCUUUUAAGCAUAUUCUGCAGGCAGUAAUAUCUGCUGUUGAUAAGACUGAGAAAUUGGCAGCAAUAAUUGCAGCAGCAUUAAAUUUGAUGCUUGGUGUUCCUGAAAAUGGACAAUCUGAUGAGGCUUAUGGUGUCAAUUCCCUUGUAUGGAGAUGGCUUGAAGUCUUUCUUAAGAAGCGUUAUGAUUGGCAUUUGAAUUAUUCAAGCUAUGAAGAUGUGAGAAAAUUCGCAAUUCUUCGUGGUUUAUGCCAUAAGGUGGGUAUUGAGCUUGUACCAAGAGAUUUUGAUAUGAAAUCUGCAAACCCUUUCAGGAAAGAAGACAUAGUCAGUCUUGUACCAGUGCAUAAGCAAGCGGCAUGCUCUUCCGCUGACGGACGACAACUCUUGGAAUCUUCUAAAACAGCUCUGGAUAAGGGAAAACUUGAAGAAGCCGUCAGCUAUGGAACAAAGGCCCUUGCAAAGUUGGUAGCAGUUUGUGGUCCCUAUCACCGAAUGACAGCUGGUGCUUACAGCCUUCUUGCAGUUGUUUUAUAUCACACAGGAGAUUUCAACCAGGCUACAAUAUAUCAGCAAAAGGCCCUGGAUAUCAAUGAACGGGAGCUAGGCCUUGAUCAUCCAGAUACCAUGAAAAGUUAUGGAGAUCUUGCUGUUUUCUAUUACAGGCUACAACACACAGAAUUGGCUCUCAAAUACGUAAAGCGAGCAUUAUAUCUGUUACAUCUCACAUGUGGGCCAUCGCAUCCAAACACUGCUGCCACAUACAUAAAUGUAGCUAUGAUGGAGGAAGGACUUGGUAAUGUGCAUGUUGCUCUAAGAUAUCUUCACAAAGCUCUGAAGUGCAACCAAAGGCUUCUUGGCCCUGAUCAUAUUCAGACAGCUGCAAGUUAUCAUGCUAUUGCAAUUGCCCUCUCAUUGAUGGAAGCAUAUCCUUUAAGUGUUCAGCAUGAGCAAACAACUUUACAAAUACUUCGGGCAAAGCUGGGGCCAGAUGACCUUCGAACACAGGAUGCUGCUGCAUGGCUUGAAUACUUUGAAUCCAAGGCUAUCGAGCAACAAGAAGCUGCUCGUAAUGGGACACGCAAGCCAGAUGCUUCUAUAGCCAGCAAGGGCCACCUCAGUGUAUCAGAUUUGCUUGACUACAUAAAUCCAAGUCAUGAUGCUAAAGGGAAAGAUACCAUGGGAUCGAAGAGAAGGAAUUACGUUGCAAAGGUAAAGGGAAAAUCCCUUGAAAACAACCUAGCCACCUCAGAUACUGAAGUGCUCCCAAAAGAUGCACAAAAAGUGGAGUCUGAGGAAGACAAACAUGUCCCAAACUCUGAUGUUGAUUCCAUUGUGAACCAUGCAUCUUCCUCUCUGCCAGUUAAGUCUGAAGAACACGUAGAAGUAUCUACUGAAGAAAAACCUAUCCAGCCUGAAAAAACUUUGCCAGAUGCACCUGUAGUUAGAACACCUGUUGUUUCCAAUGAUGUCUCAGUUGAAACACAUGCUGAAGGAGAAGAUGGGUGGCAACCAGUUCAAAGGCCAAGAUCAGCUGGUUUGUUUGGAAGAAGAAUAAGGCAGCGACGUCAGCAUGUAAAUAAAAUGUUUAAUCAUCAGAAAAAAGAUUUUGUCGCUGAAGAUCAUGCUAAACUGAAGAAUAACCAUCAAAGCAGUAAAUAUUACGUGUUAAAGAAACGAGCAACUUCUCCAGGAAGUUUUGCAGAAUAUUAUGUAGCUAAGAAUCCCUCAUCAGGAACCAAAUUUGGACGGAAAGUAGUAAAAACUGUAGCAUACAGAGUGAAGUCUGUGUCUUCAUCCACAGUUGAUGCUGCAGUGGAGAGUUCAAAGGGUGAAGGUGAGAUAUUACAGUCUCCAUCAGAGCCGGUUUCUGUACCAAAAGAAGUUGGAUCAGUAGCAAAAAGAAGUUCAAUAGUAAGUCUGGGUAAGUCUCCUUCAUAUAAGGAAGUAGCUGUCGCACCACCGGGUACCAUACCUAUGUUGCAGGUAAGACUUGCCCAGGAUGAUGACCACCAAACUAAGGAACUUGAGGAACAUGAAGAGCAGCACAGUGAAGCCAAGGGAAAAUCUGGGUCCAUGGUAUUAAAUGCAGAAAACAAUCCAGAAGAGAACAUUGAGGAUUUGUUGGUGGAUUCUACAGCCCAACUAAAUGAUGAAAAUGAAGCUUCUGACAAGAAAGAGGAAAUUCACUCGGAUGAUGUAAAGGAUGAUGAGAACUUAGCGGUUGUGUCUGAAAGUAAUCCACCAGCCCAGUCCAGCUUUAAUGAGUCAAAUCAAAUGGAUGAUCCAGUUAUCCACACCGAUCACAUGCCAAAUUAUGACCAUUCUCCAGAAAUUGGUACUUCUGCUGAAGAUUCAUCGGAUUCUACAGGGCACAAUGAUAAUUCAAAAUCAACUUUGCAGGGGGUAGAAGAACUGAAGGUAAAUCCUCCAGUUGCAGGUCUUAAUGACUCUAGAGAAGUGUCCAACAAGAAGUUGUCUGCAUCAGCAGCUCCAUACAAUCCAUCACUAGUUGCUCCACGUGUGGCGCCAUUGCCUAUGAACAUUUCUCUCCCUUCUGGUCCAGGAGCUGUUCCACAAGUUGGCCCUUGGCCAAUGAAUAUGGCUCUCCAUCCAGGUCAUGCUACUAUUUUACCAAGUCCAAUGUGUUCAUCUCCUCACCACCCAUAUCCAUCACCCCCACAAACACCUAACAUGAUCCAUCCCUUGCCUUUUAUGUAUCCUCCAUACACACAGCCUCAGUCAAUACCAACUAGCACUUUUCAAGUAACUAGCAACCCGUUUCAUCCAAAUCAGUUUGCCUGGCAACGCAAUAUACGUGCUAACAUGCCUGAGUACAUUUCGGGUACAGCUUGGCCUGGUUGCCAACCACUAGAAUUUCCUUCACCAACAGUGGUCGAAUCAAUUGCUAAACCCAUUUUGGAGACAAAGGAACAUUCUAUUGACUCAGAGAACCUAAACUUGGCACCUAAUUUACCCGUGGAUCUUGACACUGGGAAUGAGUCUAAGAAAGAAAUAAAUCUUCCAGCAUCAGAGGCAGUGGAGAACUUAACUGAUAUAAAUGUGGUUCAAUCAGGGAGUGGCGAAGAAAUUAAUGAUUCUAAUUUCCAUGGCAUACCCUUUCCGGUUAACCUGUUAAACAGCUGCAAUGGUCCGAAUGAAGAAGCUCGCAGAUGCAAUGAUUAUCAUAUACAAAGGCAGCAGCAGUGGGAGGAAGAUAAUGAGAAAACCUUCAAUAUUUUAGUUAAAGGGAGAAGGAACAGAAAGCAGAUAUUGCGAAUGCCAUUAAGUUUGCUCAGAAAACCAUAUAGUUCACAGUCGUUCAAAGUUGUAUAUAGUAGAGUUGUCAGGGAAACAGAAAUUCGUGGAUCUACCAAUUUUGAUUCCAACGAAACGAGCACAAGUGAUACUACAUAAGGUGAUUCCAAUACCUUAUUCAAAUGAUACAGCAGAAUGGAGAUGAUGUUGAAGUUGUAUUACCAAAACGUACAAAAGUGACUACCAGCUUUUCUUUGUGGAAGUUUAUUAGAAGCCUGAGAUGCGCAGAUACAUGCAGGUAGUAUUUGGAAAUUCAUUUUUGGUCUAUGUGGAGGUUUCUGGCUACCUUGUUUCACCAUUCAGUAGAAGAAUCUUGAUCUUUUUUGGUGCAUUCUUUCCUUUAUUUGGGGAUAAAUUUUGAUCGUGGAUAAUAGCAUAUUUGAAGUCCUUUUGAUUGAUUCUUUCAUAGAAGGUGAGUUUGAUAUAAAUACUUUUGCAUCCAACUUUUGGCAAAUGUCAAUUGGAUAUAAUAAGUAAUGACUAUUCUUUUGGUUCUGCUAUUCAAAGA